GCGCGGCGCAGCGUUUCGCGCGGAAUUCGGUUCUUUUAAUGGAACGUUCAGUUCGCGGGAAACAAAAAUCGAACCAGGUAGUCACGAGCGGGGCGGAAAAGAGAGCGCCAGUCAAAGAUCGAACAAAUUUCUUAGUGUUCGGAUCGGAUCGCCUGCCGUAGGAGAGCAUGGGGAUGUUUUUCCGCUCCAUUGUGGACAGAGGCGUGGGCAGACGGAGGCAGAAUGCCUUCCCUGCAGACCCUUGUUCCAGGAUCCCUUUGAGCUCGCUGCUGGAAGGCUACCAGUGCGUCCGGCACGACGAGCACGUCUCGUUCGGGACCAUGGGGGACUCCGUGCCACCGUUUGGGCUGGCCUUCUCCUCCGCCGGAGACAUGCGCCAUGUCCUUGCAGCAGCUAACGAAGAAGGCAUCGUCAGGAUCUAUGACACGGAAAGUCGUGAAAACCCUCUUCUUAAAGAAUGGCUGGCUCAUGAGAACGCUGUCUUUGACAUUGCGUGGGUGCCGGGGGAGCCGCAGCUGGUGACGGCUGCAGGGGACCAGAUGGCCAGGCUGUGGGACGUGAAGUCUGGCGAGCCCUUAGGAAGCUUCAAAGGCCACCUUUGCAGCCUCAAGUCCGUUGCUUUUGCACCAGGAGAGAAAGCUGUUUUCUGCACCGGGGGCAGAGAUGGAAAUAUUAUGGUCUGGGACAUCAGGUGCAGCCAAAAAGAUGGUUUUUACAGGCAGGUGAAACAGAUCAGCGGCGCGCACAACAAAUCGGAGACAAGCGCCCCUUCCAAAACGAAGAAAAGGCGGAGCUCCACGCGUGGCAUGGCUCCUAGCGUGGAUACCCAGCAGAGUGUAACGGUGGUUCUGUUUCGCGAUCAGCACACACUCGUCUCCUCGGGUGCUGUUGACGGGGUUGUAAAGAUGUGGGAUUUGAGGAAGAACUACACAGCAUACCGUCACGACCCUGUGCCCAUGCAGACCUAUCCGUACGCGGGCUCUUCCACUCGGAUGAGACUGGGUUAUUCUGGACUGGUGCUGGACUCCUCCAGGGCCAACAUCAUGUGUAACUGCACCGACGACAGCAUUUACAUGUUCAACGUCUGCGGAACAAAGACGAGUCCAGUGGCAGUUUUCAGUGGCCACCAAAACUCCUCGUUCUAUGUGAAGUCCUCGAUCAGCCCCGAUGACCAGUUCUUGGCCAGCGGAUCCAGUGACCAUCACACGUACAUUUGGAAGAUCUCUGAUCCUCAACAUCCUCCCAUGAUGCUCCAGGGUCACAGUGAGGAAGUGACCUCUGUCGCAUGGUGUCCGACAGAUUUCACUAAAAUCGCUUCCUGCUCCGAUGACCAGACCAUACGGCUCUGGAGGCUCCACCGGGAAACGGAUGCCGCACACUCAUCGGUGGGUGAAGCCAACCUCGUGGGCUGGGCCCGUCCCAAACCUCCCACAAUGCCUACAGUCAGAGCUGCAACCCCCCCUGCGAAGACUCAGAUGAUGCAGAGGUUUGCCGGCCUCACCUCGCCCCAGCCUGCUGCCUGCGCCUCCAACAGCGCCGCCCUGCCUCUCCCUUCCAGCACCACGUCACCCAACCGCCCCACGCCAGUUCCCGUUCAUCAGAAAACGCCGACCUCCAUCAAGCAGUGGCUGUCCCCGACCCAUGGAUCUCUGAGUCGGGUCACCGCCACCACUCCGCCGCACCAGGAGCCGGGGCCGCGUCCUCCCAGCCCGGCGAGCGGCUCCUCUCCCACAGAGCGACGGGCCAAACGCAAGCUGGAAACGGGCGAAAGCUCGCCUCCUCCCGGCUGCGAGGACGCCGCGCGGUGCGAGUGCGUUUCAGAACUCAGCCCUGAAGCCAAGAGGAGCCGCGUCCUGUUCGGCGUAUGCAACCCCCCUCAGGACAGGUCGGCGCAGACGGACUGUCACGCAGAGGGCGGCGAGCCAGUUACCCCGCGGCAGGCUGGGAAGGAGAACUGCUCUCUCAGGACAGGGAACUGGCUGUCAGAAAUCGGUCAAAAGAUGAAAAAAAGCCAUGGAGGCACCAGUGGCCAUAAGAAACAAGACGGGAAGACACACACUUCAUCGAUGGUCAGCUCAUCAAAAACCAUGAAAAUCUCCACGUUUUUUACAAAGAGGCCCCAGGAAUGAUCUGUUCGAGCCACCAAGAUGCUGCCAUUUUAUUUUGGGUCUUGCACAUGGAUUAACGAAACAGUGUUUUAAUUGGUUCCUUCAUUUUUGCAAAAGAUGUUGCAGUUUUUUGUUAUCCCCCAAGAUAUCUGAAGCCUGAGAGCAUCUCAUCAUCUUAGAAAAAAAAA